AUGCCUUGCUACGUUGAUACGAUCGUGAGGAUCAAAUUAGUUCGUUGUACCGAAAGGAAAGAUAUCAAAUCUUUAAUGGUGUGGGCCAUCGGUGUGUAUCAUUUUGAGCGUGAGAAUAACGAAAUUGAAAUGGUAUUGUUUGUGCCUCUUGCAUCUCAAAAGAGAGAUUCCAAGACACAGGCGAUUUUUGAACAAAACAAUUUUUAUUCUGUCGGCGGUAAGAUCGUGCCCGGAUAUUACGAGGGGAUCAAGCGGUCUAAGAUGACUGUUGCGAUUUCUACUCGGGUAGUUCUUCUUAAGGCUACCGGUUCAAAUAAAUGUCCACUGAAGGUUUCUUUGUUGGGAGUUCCGCAGGAGUCGCCACGUAUCGUGGGGGACGAUGAAAAUGCCGUUGUCAAUAUGUUGAUUGAUGAUUAUGCUGGCCAGGAUUACAGUUUUAUUGUUAAAAUUGCGUUUCCACAUUCCAACUCACGAUUUGCAAAAUUGAUGACAAAAUUCUUUUGUAUUCGUUGUUGGACAAAUCGAACUACUGACGUUGGCAGUUCUCCCGAGUUUAAUAAUACGGUUAGAUCUAAACUUCUUCUUACUCACCGGAAUAUCGCCAAAAAUUUGAAAGAGAUUUCUAAAGCUGAGGUUUCGUCUUUAGUGGGUUCUAAUAGUUUUAUAAUUGAGCAGCAACCUGAUUUAUCGUCAAAUAAUAUUUCGCAGUUGAAACGUUCACGAACUGAAUGUGCUGAUGAUCCUAUAAACGCUCUUGAUGUUAAUAGUAUGAGUACCGUUCAUAGUGAUGAAGCUGAAGAGUUAGUAAGAAAUAAAAAAAAGUGUGGGGGUUUCGCGCGCAAUAAGAAAGAAAAAGAGCCUGUUAGUCGAUCUUUGCAUAGUUCUUCAAGUUUACAUAAUUCAGCUGCCGGUGUUAUUGACAACGAAAAGAAGUAA